AAUCCUUGUAAGUGCGCGAGGAGGACGAGCUGGUGUCGCGUGGCUGAUUGUCAAGUUUGUGGAAACACCCUGCUAUCGAGAAAUUCCAGAGGAUUCUUUAUAGAAAGAUGCGCUCGCAAGUAAUGUUGUCGCUGGGAGUCGCGCUGCUCUGGAUUGUUGGCGUGGCGCGCGCCUAUCCGUUCAAACCAGACAGCCCGGGGGAGAACGCGCCAGCAGAAGACCUUGCCAAGUACUAUUCAGCGCUACGACACUACAUCAACCUCAUCACGAGGCAACGGUACGGGAGAAGAUCCAGCCCGGAGACGCUCUACUCAGACUUGUUGCUGCGCGAGAGCUCGGAGAGCGUUCCUGCGCGGACCAGGUAUGACGACCUGCCCGCCUGGUGAUGCUCCUUCUGUGUUAUCAGAAGAGAAGCCUGCUCAUCUGCCACGCGCCACCUCCGUUUGGUUGCUACUGUGCUAUACCCGUGGAUUCUCUUUCUCUCGCUCGCACGCACACAGACACACACUGAUUAUGGACUUAUUUUUAUGUCGUAUGCUACUAAAAAAAAAAAAAUGUCGGUCAAUUGAUGUUUAUGUAAUAUGUAUUAAGUUUUGAUCUUGAUCGUUCCUCUGUGGGCUAUAAUGUCCGAGUCUGGCCUUUUCUGU